AUGUCCUCGUCCACGCUGCUCGACGUCUAUGAAGACGCGUCGCGUGCGCGGUCUGGCAUCUUGACGCCCACUUCCGAAGGAAGCUUGAAUCACCCGCAUAGAGCUUCUUCGCCAGGCCGCGAUGUGCACAAGUCGAGAGCGAAAGGCACCAUGGAGCAGCUGCUCAAGCCGUCAAUUGCGGUAAAGCCGCAUCCGCCUAAUUUGCAUAUCCCACCCCGCGUCUUACAUCCGUUGAUGCUUCUGCCGCGAGAGCACCUCCCGUUGGCAUAUAUAGACUUUGCAGCUUCGAACGGCGACCUCCCACAGUCUCGGUUUUACGAAUCGUACAUCCAUGUUCUUGAUCUCGAGAGUCGCCUGGGCCCGGCACCCGUUGUGCUUAUUGCGCGGAACGAAUUGAGGGGCACGACUUAUGCGCUUGAGCGACAGUCCAACGGGCUGUAUGUAAUUUGCAAGUUGGGGUCAUGGGCAGACCUGGAAAGUUUGGCGCAGAAGGCCACAGCUGUUAGAUAUGAGCAGCUCUAUCCGGUGAAGAGUGAGCGAGCUGAGCACCACGGGGUCGAUGCACUUACGACCCCUCAACUGCAUGUCGAGCAGAAGAAGAAGAGGGCCGCGAUCGAAGCCAUCCAGUCCCAGAUGAGGAAACGCGUGAGAUCGCAAUCUGUAUCGACUGUCGGACACGUAACAAAAGAAGAGCAGCCGCCGGAGCCCGAAGCCUUGGUGGUACAGCAGCCAUCACCAGAUAUGAGUCUAGAGCAAGUCCCACUGCCAACGUCUGAAGAGAAGAAUCACGGCGCCGCUCUCAGCCAGGUUGCGGCAAUUGGUAGGGAACCCGAGCCGCAACAGUCAGCAGACGAUAUCUUUGAAGGCAUCAGAACCCAAUAUUUUGAUGCGCUGUACAAAUCCAUGGGAUCAUUAGCGUACUUUGCCAAAGGACCAUUGUCUAGAGCUCGGUCAACAUUCCACUUGGACUUGGAGUCAAAUCUGGAUAUGAAUGACCUCAUAGACUUCUUGAAAAGCCUCAUUCUCACAACAGUUCAAAUCGACAAAAAAUAUCGCGAGUCAAUACCAGAAAUCAUCACCAAGCUUAAGGAUCGAAUUGAGAGCUCUGAUGAAGGCCGCAAACGGAAACGCAAACCCAAAAGAAUGAAGCUUGGUAAAAGUGGGCUGUAUCCGCUUGAAGAUGAGAGCGUUAUGCGAUGGUGGGCUGCAAACAAGCCGGAACCCAACGAUGAUGCUCCUAUUACUCCGUCACAAGUCAAGUCUCUUGUUUCUAUCUUGCGGACGAGAGAGACAAAGCUGCAAAUGAUUGUCAUUAUGGAGAUUCUUGCUCUGGAACCCCUAAAGGCUACCGGCGACACUGGUGAGGUCAGCUUGCCCACUUUACCUGGAGCUGCUGAUUCAGAAGACCUGCUGGAGAGCGCUUUACAACCUCCGCCCAAAAAAAGAAACAAGCAUAAUCUUCCGGUUCUGCUGGAUGUCCACGCCGAUCGCCUAACUAUCUGGCAGUCUACUGCAAGCGAUGAGCAGUUGCUACUUGAAGAUAGCCCUUCUCUACAGACACCCCUGGACGGCAGCUUAGAUAAGAAGGCGUCUUCUGAACCCCUCAGAGAUUUCUGUGUUGAUGUCAUUAUGCCCUUCUUUUCUGCACGCCUGCCUGACCUUUGUGACUCAAUUAACCGAAAGCUUGGUGGUCCUGUGAUCAUAGCCCCUUCCAAAACCAGAUCUGUGAAAAAGCCUUUGAGUACACGCGAUCAGAAACCUGGUGCUGCGGCAAAACGACCUCAACCCCUAAACUCUCGGAGGACUUUGCAGCGAGCACUUUCCACUGAGCAGCAGCAUCGAAGAAGUAUUUCAAGAGGUCCUAGCAACGCCAUUGCGCUUUUAAGGUCGGCCACCUCUACGACUCUCCCGAGUAUCAAGAGAGAAAGCUUAGAUCCAUCUGGACCAAUGUCGCUGCUCUCUACUGAGUCGCAGAGGAGGGCACAGUCUCUGUCACGAAGUAGCAGCAUGAACAACCUGUUUGAUGCUAGAGCCAAUAAAAAGGCGGAGGUUGAUGCUGAACUCAGGGAGGCUAUUUCAGCUCUGAGGAAGCCUAAUCGGGAGGUUGUGAGCAAAGCAAUGGCUGAGGCAGAUGAGCGUAGAACAUCUGCCAGUCUUGCCGCUAAAAAACCGAAAAAGGCGGCUUCAAGGAGCGCUCUAGCUUCAACCAUUCAAGUCAAAGCUACACCAGCAAAUAACCGGUUCAAGAACAUGAUGCCUGUCAAGCCUGAGAGUCAAAAGGCCACAGAGAGCUUUGAUGAAUUAAUCCCCCCGUCGAGCGUGGGACCCUUUGUUCCUUCCACAGGCAAGCGACCUGUUCUCCGGGAACUGUACAAUCGCAGCCCUUCUCCUGUGGCGGAUGCCAUAAACGAUACCCCGAUAAAGACCUCGGCCAAGCCUAGCUUCAUACGCCGGCCGUUGAAUGAGCCGUCAGCGUAUCCUCCUUCCUCUCCGGUGGCACAAAGAAAAGCGGCAUCUGAAGAUCUUGUUAUUACGGACAGUGUGGGUAAGCCUCCGAGAAGCAGAUAUGACGCUCCUGAAAUUAUGGAGACACCAAUCAAGAAAACUACACAACAGCGGAUUGAUUUAUAUGCUACUCCUGAAGGAAAGGCGCAGGAGUCAAAGAAGAAGAGCGCGUCUAUUUUUGAGAGACUUGGGUGGGAUGAUGACUUUGAUGACUUAUGA